AGUUCUAGUGACGAAGAAAUCUCCUGCUUAGAACAUGUUGAGGAACCUCCUGGAGUCGGCUCUAAAGGCUCGAAGGGGCAGAUCUACUUCAUGGAUCAGGAACCCAACAACAAAGAUUUUCUGACUGAAGAUGAUAUUUACUGCUGCUGCCUCUCCAAGACACUGCUGCACACCUCUACGCCCGUGACCAUCGGCUUCUACUGUCCCGUUGGGAGCCGUUUUAAUUCGCUGCUUGAUAAAAUAACAGCCUGCAUGCUCAAAGAAUCCAUUCAGAGAGAAGAAGAGGAGCUGAGAAAAUCAAACCAAAAGCCAAGAAGACCUGAAGGUUGGGGCUAUUUUCUUCUCCUGUGGUAUCUGCUCUUCUACCAGCCAGUGAUCACUGAAAUCCACCUGAGGAGGGAGAACAUUCAGUUCCUCUUCAUCAGAUUUAGUGCUUGGCAAUAUGCCGGCAGCGACAAGCUGUGGGCAGGGCUGGUCACCACACUCUGUCAAAGCAUCCGCAAGCACUUUGGUGCCCUGCCUUUGAGCUUUUACCACGUGAUGGGGAAAAGGCCCAGAUUUGCCUCUGGCUUUAGCCAAGACGAAUGGCUUCUCAACAAGCGGACCUGUCUUACGUUAGGAGGCCUCGUGUUUGUCCUAGUGUCGGGCGUAAGCCUGCUCUCAGUGGCGAUCUUUGUUCCAGGAAUAAAAGACAGCAGUGCGUUAAAGGUCAUUGGCAGUGCUACCACCGGCCUGUCUGGAUCAGGAAUAUUAGUGACUGUUUUCUCUGUGGUUAAGAACAUGGUUAUCAGCCAGAAGCAGAAAAUUGAGAAGAUGACAGACAGUGAGAAGUUUAGCAGUCACCUAGGCUUCAUGAGCCAAGUGAAGAAGGAAAUCGAGAUGCUGACCAGCUUUGUGUAUUACAUGGAGAUCUAUCAGAGACGGCGGCUGCGCAUAGUGCUGGAGAUCACCAGUUUGGAUAUGUGCUACCCAGAGAGGGUCGUUGGGGUUUUGAAUGCAAUAAAUACUUUGCUCUCGGACACUAACGCCCCGUUCAUUUUCAUCCUGGUGAUAGAUCCCAGCAUCAUUGCAUCGUGUUUGGAACAAACCAGCUGCAUGAAAGGAAUGGCCGACAACGGGUACCUGUUCCUGAACCGCACGGUGACUUUGCCUUUUUCAAUACCAGAGAUGGGCACAAAGUCCAAACUGCAGCAUUUGCAAGAUGCUGUCCAGAGCCGGGAGGACCUGAUGUACAAAAUCAUCACAAAAAACAUGGAAAGGGGAGUCAGGAACGUAAAGGGGAAAAUGAUAAAGCUGGUAGAUAUGGAGAUGUCCAGUGAAUUGGACCAAAGCCAAAUCGAUGCUCAAGCUGUGAGGUAUAUUCAUGAAGCAUUUCAUGCUCUGCACGAUGACACUGAUUGUCUCUAUAAAUACAUUCCAGAUAGCAUUAUUCAAAUGAAAAGGAUAGUCAACACAAUUCCCAUCACCAUCAGACUCAUGCUGCAGCAGAACCUUAUGAGACAUACAAUGUCUCCAAGGUCCGUGGCUGCAUGGGUGGUCAUGGCUAAUCAAUGGCCAUGCCGCUUGAGUUGGGUGUUGCAGUGCCUUGAGGACAGGCUGCAGAUUCGACCAACAGAGGAGUACAGGAACCAGUCCUUAUGGGGAAUCUUCGUGGAAAACUGUAAAGAGCUGUACUCCAUGCACAAAGUCCUCCAGAACAUCUUGGCCUUGGAUGGGGACCCAGAACUCUUUGGGAAUUUUUUGUCUAAUGAUUUUCCUUUCACAGUACAGGAGGCCAACACCUUUCUAAAGUCCACAAUCAAUCUGGACCAUUCAAUAAGGCAUAAAUUGGGACUAAUACGAGGAGUUAAUUCACUGAAUAAGGCAAAUGAUACAAGCGUAACUAAGUUUUCACCUGUCCAGGUGUCUACGGGUGUGCAGUGUUCUGGUAUAGAGGAAUGCAGUUAAACAAUUGAAAAUACUUCAGUUAUUUGCCUUAGAGAGGAAAAAAGGAAGAAGUUACCAUCUAUAAACUGUUGAAUGAUUCAGUGAAAAUCACUCUGGUGCUUCUACUGACUAAAUUUGCAUCUACCCUCACCUAGGUAGUUAAGUCAAAAUGCUGCCAGCUCUCAUGUUUGAGGGUACACAGUGCUUAUCUGAGCCAAAGUAACAGACUAAGUCCUCAUUUUUAAGAGAGUCUUAGCCUGGCCUCUGACAUUGCAGGCCCACAUGAUUGUGGCCUCAUCUCAGCACAGCGAUUCUAACUACCUGCUUGCUGGCUGCAGUCACGUAGCUAAAGCCAACAUUUUUUUGGGUGCUCAACUUUAGGUGUUUUAAGCUGGGCACCCAAAACUUGAGGCAACAAAAGUCAGGGCCCAUUUUUGAAAACUUUUCCCUAAAUAUUUAAGUGCAAUAAAAUGUCACUCACAAUUCUUGUCACCCACAAAAUUGCAGAUGUAAAUUUGGAAGCAAGUUUUCAAAAUCAGGCUCUAGACAAACACCAAUUGUUUCCUCUAGAACAGUG